UCCAGAAGGGCAUUCACACUGGGCUGUGGAGAGGGAAAUCGUAUCUAGAUAUGGGACUAUGGUGGAAGAUUUUUAGAACAGCUAUUUGCGCUUAUGCCUAAAAUCACACUUGGCUCUUACACUUGGCCGGCUCUACCAGUAGUCGCUGGGGUUGCCAAGGAUAAUGUGGAAACUACAGCUGGCUGUCUUGUUUGGGAGUUGGCUUCAAGGAAUGUGUUCCCCUGAUCUAGAUCCUGCUGGGGCAAAUGUUUGUAAAUCUGAAAGUGUCACCAAUGGACUGGUGUGCUGUCCAGGCUGGAAACAGGAAGGGCGAGCAUGUACGGUGGCAAUCUGUGAUGGAGAGAAUACCUGCCAAACAGAUGAGGUCUGUAUAAGACCCGGGGUAUGCCGGUGUAAGCCAGGAUUCUUUGGAGCCAGCUGUACCUCACGUUGCCCAGGUCAAUACUGGGGCUCAGACUGCAAGCAAAGCUGUACUUGUUUCCCCAAUGGAAAAUGUGAUCCUGUGACUGGUCAGUGCACCUGCAAUGCCAACCGUUGGGGUACCAAUUGUGAGAAUAGUUGUGUCUGUGCUCACGGGGCAUGCAAUCAGCUCACAGGAGUCUGCGAAUGUGAAUCUGGAUGGUGGGCGCCACACUGCAACAAACCGUGCCAGUGCAACCUGCAAAACUCCCGCUGCCACCAUGCCACCGGGAUGUGUAUAUGUAACAGUGGGUACUGGGGGCAGAGGUGUGGCGUGAAAUGCAACUGCAACAAAUCCCCCUGCUUUCAGACCAAUGGAAAAUGCAAAUGUCAAGAAGGCUGGUGGGGGGUUUCCUGUGAAUUUCAGUGUGAUUGCUUGCAUGGCAAGUGCAGCCCUGUCACCGGCGAGUGUGAGUGCCACGCAGGCUACCAUGGAAAAAACUGCGCUGCUCCAUGCCCAUCUGGAACAUACGGACCCAAGUGUAAGAUGAUGUGUGGGAAAUGUACUGAAGUCGCGUUAUGCUCUCGUUUCGAUGGCUCAUGUCCAUCUUGCAAGCCUGGCUGGAAUGGCACCCACUGUGACCAGCCUUGCCUGCCAGGAUACUAUGGGGUUCAAUGUUUGCAGAGGUGUCCAAAAUGCCGUGGGAAUGACGUGUGCAAAAAAGAGUCAGGUGUCUGCCAAAACUGUGAUGCUGGGAGAAUGGGACCCAGGUGUGACUCCCCGUGUCCUAUAGGGAGAUACGGAGAAGGAUGCCAGUCCAUGUGUCCCGCCUGCGUACAUGGAAGCUGUGAUCCUGUUACAGGAGACUGUAUGUGUGACCCAGGGUACUGGAAAUACAGUUGCAAUGAAACAUGUCCUUAUGGAGUUUUUGGAUCUAAUUGUUCGGGCAAGUGUAAUUGUAGCGGAGGUCCUUGUAGUCCAGUCGAUGGGACAUGCCAAUGGACAACCAACCAGAAAGGAGCCAUGAUUGCCGGAGUCCUUAUACCACUGUCACUUAUUUUCAUCCUGUGUUGUUGCUGUUGCUGUGGAAAUAACGAGUCAACUCCUAAAGACAGGGUAAACAAUGGAGACGGUGGGUCCUUAUCCCGAAUGAAGCACAAUUUUCAGGGAGCUCUGGCAAACAUUUAUUCUGUGUUACCUUGUUGUUCUGUUGGGAAUUCAAAACUUUCCUGGGUUACAGUGUCACAUCAUGAUGCCGAGCUUCCCUUCAAUCAUAGCUUCAUCGAGUCCCCUUCCACUGGCUGGUUAUCAGAGAAUUCUUUUUCCUCAUUUGAGUCAGAUGAUGGGGGACCUGUGUAUUGUGUUCCUCCCAGAGAAGGAAUGUCUGUAGCAGAUAUCGAUGGAUUCCAGGAGAUGAGUUCUAAGUGCAAUGUAUUUCCAGAAGCACUGGCUUUUAACUCAGAAGACUCCUGUCAACCAUUUUCCAUCCCCAGGACUUCCAGCAUUGCCAAAGCCAAAAGGCCGUCAGUAUCAUUUGCUGAGGGAACCAGAUUUGAAAGCAGAAGAUCCUCCACCACUGAUACACCAAAUCUUACUCGGAAGCCAAAACUUGCUUUAAGUUUGCCCAAACUGCCUUCAAUACAGUCAAAUAUACUCAAUGGGGAAGAACUACAAAAAUGUGAGCAAACCAAUGGAAAACUGAACCCGGAACUGGAAGAUCAUCCAAAACUCCAAAGAAGCAUGCCAGUUGGGCGCCGAAGAACUUUGUCUAAUGCACAGAAAGUAGCCUUGAAAAUUGAAAUGGCAGAAUCUGGCACAAGUGAAAAUAUUUAUGAAAUGAAAAGGAAGAUCCCUGUUAUAUCAACUGUUUACGUGAGCGUUGGACCCCCCAAAAAGCCAUAUAAGCCUCGUAGAAAAUCAGAAGGCAAUGUGGAUGGGGCAGUUCAGGCUGUGUUGAAACGUUUGGGCAGCUUUCAGAAAGGUAUUCCAAAACCAGUACGGAAAAGUUUACUGCAGCCACCAAAUUUCAGAGCUUCUCAAACAAAGAUAUAUGAAGAAGAAGGCAAAACUACCAGCAAAACCUGUGACUCCUCAAUUGUGCCCUCAAAUGCCAGGUUGCAGGACAACACAAAAAGGAAAGCCCUUGUGCCAAGUUCCUCCAUUCUUAAGAAAGUAGUAACUAAGGGUGAGGGGGACACUGAGUGGGAGGGAAGCACCGGUAAUUUGGAGAAUGUGUACUCCAGCUUGACUGAUCCAGUGGUCUUGGAACAAAACUUAAAUGAAGAGCAUAUCUAUCAAAGCCCAGAGGGUACAGGACACUUGGAACCAAAGUAUGAAAAUAUAACACUACCACAUUCCUAUGACAAUAAUGAGAUAGAGACAUGUCCUGUAUAUGAAGAUGCCCAAAUGACUAAUGAGAGUUCUUAAGUGUAAAAAAGACUACAGCUAUCCUCAGUAGUUUCACAGCAGUAUACUGAAUUGUCCAAAACAUAGAACACAUUUUUUUUUUAUAGAAACCAAUAAUAAAAAAAUAUUAAAAAUA